AUGUUUGAGUUACGAGACGUGUCUGACAUCCUGAGCAGAUCUAAAAGCACGGGCAGUGCUGGAAGCCCUGAUCACCACCACAGCCAUAUUCACAAGCCUUCAGAGGGAAAGAUCAUGUCUAUCAGGAGGUCUAUGGAUGAUCUAUCAACCAACCAUAUUCUCAGAAGCAUACCAAAUGGGCUCAACGAUUCAUCUUCAAACUACAUCCGCCAACUUGAGACUAAAGUCCGGAUUUUAGAGGAUGACAACAAGCAAUUGUUAUCCCAGCAGGGGAACAUGGGAGAUCUUAAGACACUUCAGAAAGGGCUGCCCCUGUAUCACUCAGAGUCCCAGCUCUCCUCACUAUCCCAGUUUCAGGACACCUUACAGAAUGGGUCUACGCGGAUGCCAGGAGGUGAUCUGCUGCCCCCCGUCACCGGAUACCUGCCAGCAGCACAGAAACCAGAAGCUGUUGUACAUGCCAUGAAAGUAUUAGAAGUCCACGAGAACCUAGACAGGAAGCUUCCAGAGGACUACGAGGAGGAUCUCAGUGAGAAAGAGAAAGCCAUUGUCAGAGAGAUGUGUAAUGUUGUGUGGCGUAAGCUCGGUGAUGCGACAGGAUCCAAACCCUCCAUCCGCCAACAUCUCUCUGGGAACCAGUUCAAAGGCCCUUUGUAGCUCCUAUGUCAAUGACCAGCAGGGCCUUGAACAAACAAACAAAUCUGUGAAUAUGAUGGGAGGAACAGACAGACUCAGAACUGGGCAACUUUGUAAAACGACACAAAGAACUUCGCUUCUACUGCCAGCUUCUUUCAGCCCAUGGCAUUCAGUUGAGACAUUUCAAACCUUUUACCUACAACGCCAGGUGGUAGUUUAAUAUAUAAUGGACUCGCAGUUAGCACAAGCUAAACCAUAGCUCUAUUUAUGUGCACACCAUCCAAGUAUUCAUACAAGGCAGCUUAAUGGAUUCAUUUGUCAUUCCAGAUAGAGAAUUAAAGCACACAGCUCUUACGCAGAUAAAUACCCCACGAAGAUACUCCUACAAGAUCCUUUCCACUCCUAAAAGCUUUUUGAUUUUGGCAUAAGACCACUCCACAGACCUUUUACACUACCAUUCAAAAUUUUGGAUUGUAAGAUGUUUUUGAAA